CGAGGUUAAAAUCCACGAAAUCAGGAUGCAAGACGAGAAAAAUCUUAUGUAUACUUUUUCAAGUAAAGGAAGGUGACUGACAUUAUAUAACCCAUAUUCUCUGCAGGUCCGCAGAUUUAACAUCCUAGACAUACAACUCUGACAUUUUACAUACGAGUUCAGUGAACAUGGCCGAGAGUAAAACUCCGACAAUUGAGCAGAAGAGUACAUUCUCUGCCAAAACCAAGGAGGGGGCCGACGUGAACUACAUAGCAACUAUAAAAUAUUACGUGAACCCGUCGGGAGACGUGAAAAUAACCACACCUGGGUCAAAAACACCUAGAAUCCCAGAUCCAACGAGAACUGAACCCAAGGAAGAAACGAAGAAGGAAACCACAGAGACAGGUCCGAAGGUAAAGGUGGAGACAGGUGAAGGUAGUAAAUCCGAUAAGGUAGUAAGUAAACCGAUAACAGAAGGUAAAGUCAAACCUAAUGUGGACAGAGAAGCCCAACAACAAGAAGGCAUUUGUCGCUUCAAAGAGUUUGUUCCUGACCCUUGCAGGGCGAUGAGCGAUCUCACUACUGCGAUUAAAGAUUUCUUUUCGUGCUCAUCAAAGAAACCUGUACCUGAUUCUGGAGACAGCAAUCAUACCAACCCACCGACAACGACUCGUACAGAUCAGCCGCCAGAGAAACACGAGGACAAAGUCAACGAAGAAGCAGUUAAGACCAAGGACGAAGCCUAAGUGGCAAUAAAUAUUUGGAUUUUCA